ACAAAGGUGGGUGCGCGUGCACAGACGCGCUCGCAGGCCGCCGGAAGCAAAGGCGUGAGCGCGCGCGUGCGUGCGCGUGCGUGAGCGUAAGCGCGAGCGCGCGGAGGUCGGAAGCGGGCUCUGUACAGCCCGGCGGUCGCGGGCUAUGGAGGCGAGCUCCUCAGAUAGCGGAGCGCCGCCCGAGGGGCUGGCGGAAGAGGCCGAGCAUCAGGGCGCCGCCUGGAGCGGGGACAGUGGCACUGUGUCCCAGAGCCACAGCAGCGCCUCGGGGCCGUGGGAGGAUGAGGGCGCGGAGGACGGUGCGCCGGGCCGCGACCUGCCGCUGCUUCGCCGCGCCGCUGCGGGCUAUGCCGCCUGCCUGCUGCCCGGGGCCGGGGCGCGGCCCGAGGUCGAGGCCCUGGACGCGAGCCUGGAGGACCUGCUCACCAGAGUGGACGAGUUCGUGGGCAUGCUGGACAUGCUUCGCGGCGACUCGUCCCAAGUCGUCAGCGAGGGCGUGCCGCGCAUCCACGCGAAGGCCGCCGAGAUGCGGCACAUCUACAGCAGGAUCAACCGGCUGGAGGCCUUCGUGAGGAUGGUGGGCGGCCGCGUGGCCAGGAUGGAGGAGCAGGUCACCAAGGCCGAGGCCGAGCUGGGCACUUUCCCCAGGGCGUUCAAGAAGCUCCUGCACACGAUGAACGUGCCCUCGCUCUUUAGCAAAUCAGCUCCCUCGAGGCCACAGCAAGCCGGCUACGAAGCCCCCGUCCUGUUUCGGACCGAAGACUACUUCCCUUGUUGUAGUGAAAGGCCUCAGCUCUGACGGCCUGACCACUGCGGCAAGAGGACCCCAGCUGAGGUGCUUACCUCCGGUAUGAAGUGAAUUGCAAAUCCUGCUCAUGGACAUACAUGAUGUUGGAGUGUGGGAUUUCAAGGUUUACUUUCUGCACACUCUCCGUAGUGUAUUCAUGAUUCAGUGUAGAAUGUAUAGACUUUAUGCCUUCCAAUUUUAAAAAAAGAGACGGGGUCUUGCUAUGUUGCCCAGACUGGCUGGAAACUCCUGGACUCAAGUGAUCCUUCCACCUCAGCCUCCCCAGUAGCUGGGACUACAGGGUCGCCACCGCGCCCAGCCUGUGUCUUCCAGCUCUAAUCAGAAAGCUGCUUGGCGAGGGCAUGGGGAAUCAAACUGAAUGAACUUUGCUUUGCACUGUGGCAAAACUGUUAUUUUUAUGGAUUUUACUACACGGCGUUACCUUUUCAAGAUUUAUAUGUUUGUAUAAUCAUAAGAAAAUUGAGCCAUUAAAGCCUUGUUAUUAUUCAAUCC